AUGCUCGAUUAUGUUCGUCAACGGCCAUCGCCGACAAUAUCACUAUCAUCAUUAUCAUUUAUAUUUAUUCGUUUAUUAGUUAUAUUUUUUAUGUUUUUUAAUUUAUUUUCAUUUUGUCUACAUGACAUUGAUAGAAAACCAAUUGAUAAACAUUCAUUACAAACAAUAUUUAAAUUACGAAAUACACAAAUAAUAAGUCAACAAGAAAAAAAAUUUCUUCGUAUUAUUUAUUUUCGUGAAUUUGAUAUGAAUUUAAAUGCAAAUCGUUUAAAAUUUGAUGUAAAAAAUCUUACAGAAUCAUAUGGAAUUGAUUUUAAAAUAAAUAUUAUUGAUCAAUCAAAAUCAUUUUCAUUAACUAAGUUAUGUUCAAUAAUAUCAGAAGAACGACGUGAUACAAUUUUAAUUGCUGAUUUAUAUACUAAAGAAAUUGAUUUAAUAUCUCGUUCACUUAAAUUGCCAACAAUAGCUAUUACAAAUCGUUAUCAAAUUGUUCAAGGAAAAUUGCAUAAUCCUUAUUUAUUUAAAUUGAUGCCCGAUGCAAUAGAAGAUGCAAAAACAGUAGCAUAUACCAUUGAUACUCGUUCAGUUUAUACUCGUAUUGCUAUAAUCUAUGAUACAUCACUUGAUAUGGUUGAAUUUCGUUUAUCAUAUCUUCGUCUCGCUAAACAAAUUAUUGUUUAUCGUGCACAAUUACCACGUAUAUCAUUAUCAAAUGAAUUUCGUCGUACAGCACGUACAAUAAUAAAUGAUUUAACACAAAUUGAUAUUGAUCUUAUUUUAUGUAUGAUGUCUACUGAACGUGAAACACAAUUUGUUCGUUUAAUAAAAGAAUUUGGUUCAUUAUCAAUAAUACAAUUAUUAUUAAAUCGAACAAGUUGGUGGUUUGCUUCUCGUCUUGAUGAAACACAUAAUUUUAAUUAUUUACCAAAAAUUUUUACAGCAAGUGAAGAUCGUCGACGAACAUUAAGUAAUUUUUCAAGUACAAGUAUGAAAAUAUUAUUAAAUGCUGUAUUAAAAACAUAUAUACGUUUAUCAAAUUUAUCAACAACAUCAUCAUUAUUAAUUGGUCCAACUGCCUGUGAUAGUCAAUUGAAUGUACAUCAUUUAAAAAAGACACAUAUGUUUAUUCAAUUAUUUACAAAUUUUACUGAAUGGAGUUGUGACAUUCGAAUUGGUUCUGGUGUUGAUCCAAUAUUAUUCGAACCAAAAACUCUUGCAUGGCGUGUUCCAACAAUGUUUAUGGUGCAUACUGAACAUGAAUGCCAAGGUAUGCUAACACGUACAUUUUAUACAUCAAAUACCAAUGCUGAUCAAUUUUUUCGUUCAUGUUCAACAAAUUCUUCAUUACGUAAAAGUUCAUCAUCACACCAUGAUAAUUCUACAUCAAAUCUAUCGACAACAGUUUCUAAUGCUCUUGUUGAUAUAACUAGUUUUCAUAGAAUGGGUGGUAAAUUAUGGAAUUCAUUAACAGGUGAAUGCCGUUUUGUACAUAUUUAUGAUCGAUCAUCAAUACCAAUUAUUGUUGUUGGUGUUGUUGAACCUCCAUAUAUAUUUGUAUCCGAUGCUCAAAUUUCAUCAGAAUUUCAUUGUAAUUAUGGUAUACCAUGUUAUCAAAUUGAUCCACCAUUAACAAAUAUGUCAAUAAAUCCAUUUAUAUUUAAUUCAAAAACAUUGUCACCACCACAUUGUUGUUAUGGAAUAUCAAUUAAUUUAUUAUUACGUAUGGAAGAUUCAAAUUUAGUUUCAGCAUUAAAAACAACAAAAUUAUUUGUUUUUUCUGAUAAACCAAAUAAAUGGUUAGCAUUAAUAAAAUCAUUAGAAAAUCGUCGUGCACAUUUAUCAAUAUCAGCUAUACCAUAUGAAUCAUUUUUAGCACGUUCAAUUGAUUUAAGUCCACCAUUUUAUCAUUCAUCAUAUGUCAUUUUUACUGCGCCAGCACCAACACGACCAUCUUUAGGCGUUUUUUUACAACCAUUUUCAUGGACAACAUGGUGUAUGAUUUUUCUUGUACUUAAUGCUGCUUCUUUAUUUGAAACAUUUUUUGAAUGGCAUAGUCCUUAUGGCUUAACACCAAAAGGUCGUAAAAGACAAAAAGUCUUUAGUUUAGCAUCAGCAUUGACAUUGACUUGGUCAAUUGUAUUUUCACAUACAUUUAAAACAAAAUCUCCUAAAUGUUGGUCAAAUCGAUUUUUAGGCAAUGUAUGGGGUGGAUUUGGUAUUGUUUUUAUUGCUAUUUAUACAGCUAAAUUAGCUGCUUUUAUGGUUGAAGUUGCAGAAACACAAACAGCUUCGAAUGUUCAAGGCCUUAUCGAUGAUUGUCGUAAAAUGUCUCAAUGUAGCAUUGGUGUUGUUGCAAAUACAAGUGAUGAAGAAUAUAUAAAAAAAUUUUUUACUAGUACACUCUAUACUCAUAUGCAACAUGUGUCAUCAUAUGCACAUGGUAUUGAAUCACUUCGUAAACGUUCAAUAACUUAUUUACUUAUGGAUCAUUCAAUGGCACGAUAUUAUUUAACACGUGAAGUUUUCAAAUCAAUUCGUAUAAGUGGUGAUAAUUUUGGAGCAUUUGGUUUAUCAUUAGGUUUUUCAAAAUUUGAUACAGAUUUAAAACAUAAUAUAACAAAUAUUUUAUUAUCGUAUGUUGAUAAAGGUAUCAUUCAACGUCUUCAUGAUGAUUGGUAUGUUUAUGAAAAUUGUGAAAUGAAACGAUUAAAUGAAAAUCGAGAGUUAUCUAUCGAUCGAUUUAUUGGUGUAUUUAUAUUAUUGGGUGCUGGUAUGAUUAUUGGAUUCAUAACACUUUUAUUAGAAUGGAUUACAUUUAAAUAUGCUAUACCAUAUUGGCGAAAACGACAAUGGCCUGGUUGGAUGUUUUGUUCACAACGUUUAUAUACCACAUUAAAUGCAUCGGAUGAAGUAUAUAGUGAAGCUUAUCGUUCAUCAAAAUUUCGUUCAUCUCGAUGUGUUGGAGAACGUCUUCAUAAUUAUUCAACUCGAAGUGAUAGUCUUGAUUUACGUGUUGUUGAUGUUCCGAAAUUAUUAUGUACAACAUAUCAACUUAAAGAACAAAUGAAUAAAAUAAAUGAACAACAACAAAUACCAUUAUUACCACCAAAUGGUAAUUUACGUUGUACAACAAUAAAAAAAGAACAUGAUGAAGAACAAAAAUUAAUUCUAAAACGUAUUGAUGAACUUGAAGAAGAAUUAACUCAGUUAAAAUUACAAUUAUCAAUAUUGGAUAAUAUCUAA